CGGAAUUACCAGCGGCGCCGUCGGUCCCUGUCGAGGACCGGUGGGCGCCCGACCCGCCUCCAGGCCGGCCAUGGCGGGCGCCAGGCCCGGCGUCCACGCGCUGCAGCUGGAGCCGCCCACCGUGGUGGAGACCCUGCGGCGCGGGAGUAAGUUCAUCAAAUGGGACGAGGAGUCUUCUAGUCGGAACCUGGUUACCCUGCGCGUGGACCCCAAUGGCUUCUUUCUGUACUGGACGGGACCCAACAUGGAGGUGGACACACUGGACAUCAGCUCCAUCCGGGACACGCGGACUGGUCGCUACGCCCGCCUACCCAAGGACCCCAAGAUCCGGGAGGUGCUGGGCUUUGGGGGUCCCGAUGCCCGGCUGGAGGAGAAGCUGAUAACGGUGGUGGCUGGGCCAGACCCGGUGAACACGACGUUCUUGAACUUCAUGGCCGUGCAGGAUGACACAGCCAAGAUCUGGUCCGAGGAGCUGUUCAAGCUGGCUAUGAACAUCCUGGCUCAGAACGCCUCCCGGAACACCUUCCUACGCAAAGCAUACACGAAGCUGAAGCUGCAGGUGAACCAGGAUGGGCGAAUCCCUGUCAAGAACAUCCUGAAGAUGUUCUCAGCAGACAAGAAGCGGGUGGAGACCGCGCUGGAAUCCUGCGGCCUCAAUUUCAACCGGAGUGAGUCCAUCCGGCCUGACGAGUUUUCCUUGGACAUCUUUGAGCGGUUCCUGAACAAGCUGUGUCUGCGGCCGGACAUCGACAAGAUCCUGCUGGAGAUAGGUGCCAAGGGGAAGCCGUACCUGACACUGGAGCAGCUCAUGGACUUCAUCAACCAGAAGCAGCGUGACCCGAGACUCAACGAAGUGCUGUACCCACCGCUGCGGCCCUCGCAGGCGCGGCUGCUCAUCGAGAAGUAUGAGCCCAACAAGCAGUUCCUGGAGCGAGACCAGAUGUCCAUGGAGGGCUUUAGCCGCUACCUGGGAGGCGAGGAGAAUGGCAUUCUGCCCCUGGAGGCCCUGGACCUGAGCGCGGACAUGACCCAGCCCCUGAGCGCCUAUUUCAUCAACUCCUCACACAACACCUAUCUCACCGCGGGGCAGCUGGCUGGGACUUCGUCGGUGGAGAUGUACCGGCAGACGCUGCUGUGGGGCUGCCGCUGCGUGGAGCUGGACGUGUGGAAGGGGCGGCCGCCCGAGGAGGAGCCCUUCAUCACCCACGGCUUCACCAUGACCACAGAAGUGCCACUGCGUGAUGUGCUCGAGGCCAUCGCUGAGACCGCCUUCAAGACCUCACCCUACCCCGUCAUCCUCUCCUUCGAGAACCACGUGGACUCGGCAAAGCAGCAGGCCAAGAUGGCUGAGUACUGCCGCUCUAUCUUCGGGGACGCACUGCUCAUUGACCCGCUGGACAAGUACCCGCUGGCCCCGGGCGUCCCCCUGCCUAGCCCCCAGGACCUGAUGGGCCGCAUCCUGGUGAAGAACAAGAAGAGGCACCCACCCAGCACUGGCGUCCCCGACAGCUCGGUGCGCAAGCGGCCGCUGGAGCAGAGCAACUCGGCCCUGAGUGAGAUCUCUGCUGCCACUGAGCCCUCCUCGCCCCAGCUCGGGUCCCCCAGCUCCGACAGCUGUCCAGGCCUGAGCAAUGGGGAGGAGGUGGGGCUUGAGAAGCCCAGCCUGGAGCCUCGGAAGUCUCUAGGGGACGAGGGGCUGCGCCAGGGUCCUGAUGCUCUUGGGUCUGCUGACCGUGAGUACGAGGAGGAAGAUGAGGAAGAGGAGGAGCAGACGGACCCCAAAAAGCUGACCUCAGAUGAGGGCACGGCCAGCAGUGAGGUUAAUGCCACUGAGGAAAUGUCAACGCUGGUCAACUACAUUGAGCCUGUCAAGUUCAAGUCCUUUGAGGCUGCUCGAAAGAGGAACAAGUGCUUUGAGAUGUCAUCCUUUGUGGAGACCAAGGCUCUGGAGCAACUGAAGGAGAGCCCCAUGGAGUUUGUGGAAUACAACAAGCAGCAGCUCAGCCGAAUCUACCCCAAGGGCACCCGCGUGGACUCGUCCAACUACAUGCCCCAGCUCUUCUGGAAUGUGGGCUGCCAGCUCGUCGCGCUCAACUUCCAGACCCUGGAUGUGGCGAUGCAGCUCAAUGCAGGCGUGUUUGAGUACAAUGGGCGCAGCGGUUACCUGCUGAAGCCUGAGUUCAUGCGGCGGCCGGACAAGUCCUUCGACCCCUUCACUGAAGUCAUUGUGGACGGCAUUGUGGCCAACGCCUUACGGGUCAAGGUGAUCUCGGGGCAGUUCCUGUCUGACAGGAAGGUGGGAAUCUACGUGGAGGUGGACAUGUUUGGCCUCCCUGUUGACACGCGCCGCAAGUACCGCACGCGGACCUCACAGGGGAACUCGUUCAAUCCCGUGUGGGAUGAGGAGCCCUUCGACUUCCCCAAGGUGGUGCUGCCUACGCUGGCUUCACUCCGCAUUGCGGCCUUUGAGGAGGGCGGCAAGUUCGUGGGGCACCGGGUUCUGCCCGUCUCUGCCAUCCGCUCAGGGUACCACUAUGUCUGCCUGCGGAAUGAGGCUAACCAGCCGCUGUGUCUGCCAGCCCUGCUUGUCUACACGGAGGCCUCUGACUACAUCCCCGAUGACCAUCAGGACUACGCGGAGGCCCUGAUCAACCCCAUCAAGCACGUCAGCCUGAUGGACCAGAGGGCCAAGCAGCUGGCUGCCCUCAUUGGGGAGAAUGAGGCUGGCCCUGAGACGAGCCAGGAGCCCCAGUCUCAGCAGCUGGGGGCCCACCUGCCCCUGAAUGCCACACUCAGCCAACUGGAAAUGUCUGCCAGCCGGACCCAAGUCUCUGUCACCUCCUCUACCAGUUCCUCCCUCAGCAGCCCAGGCCAGCGGGAUGAUCUCGUUGCCAGCAUCCUCUCAGAGGUGGCCCCGACCCCGCUGGAUGAGCUCCGAGGCCACAAGGCGCUGGUGAAGCUUCGGAGCCGGCAGGAGCGAGACCUGCGGGAGCUGCUCAAGAAGCAGCAGCGGAAGGCGCUAGCCUUCUCCCGCCGUUUGCUCAACAACCUGGCGCAGGUCCGGGCCGAGGGCAGGAGCCGGCGCCGAGGGGGGUCUGCUGAGGAGGAUAAAGAUGAGCAGGAGGAGGUGAAACGGUACCAGGAGUUCCAGAAGAGGCAGAUACAGAGUCUGCUGGAGCUGAGGGAGGCCCAGGUGGAUGCGGAGGCUGAUCGCAGGCUGGAGCAUCUGAGACAGGCUCAGCAUCGGCUCAGGGAGGUUGUCCUUGAGGCACACAUGACUCAGCUCAAGAGGCUGAAGGAGCUGAACGAGAGAGAGAAGAAGGAUCUGCAGAAGAUCCUGGACAGGAAACGCCAUAACAGUAUCUCAGAGGCCAAAACAAGGGAGAAAUAUAAGAAGGAGGUGGAACUGACAGAGAUUAAUCGUCGGCACAUCACGGAGUCCGUCAACUCCAUCCGCCGGCUGGAGGAGGCCCAGAAGCAGCGGCACGACUGCCUGGUGGCUGCGCAACAGCAGGUCCUACAGCAGCUGGCGGAAGAGGAGCCCAAGCUGCUGGCCCAGCUGGCCCAGGAGUGUCAGGAGCAGCGGGCGAGGCUGCCCCAGGAGAUCCGCCAGAGCCUGCUGGGCGAGACACCGGAGGGGCUGGGGGACGGGCAUCUGGUGGCCUGUGCCAGCAAUGGUCACGCACCCGGGAGCAGCAGCCACCUGUCUGGCACUGACUCGGAGAACCAGGAGGAGAACACGAAGCUCUGAGCUGGCUGGGCAAGAGGUGGCCACAGGGCCAGGGUGGUUACGGGGUGGGGAGCCAGAGGAGACCAAGACACUAAUGCUUUGUUAACUUUUUACCUUUGGAAAUUUUAUUUUUUUAAA